UACAAGCGGAAGUUGAUCAAUCUCCGCCGGGAGUUUCUUCUGCCUUCGCCGGCGUUGACAACAUGAAGCAAAAACGGAAAGGAGAUCUCAGCCCUGCUGAGCUGAUGAUACUGACUAUAGGCGAUGUUAUUAAACAACUGAUUGAAGCCCAUGAACAAGGGAAAGAUAUUGAUCUCAAUAAAGUGAAAACCAGAACAGCUGCCAAAUAUGGUCUUUCAGCUCAGCCUCGUCUGGUGGACAUCAUUGCUGCAGUCCCACCUCAGUAUCGUAAAAUCUUGGUGCCCAAGUUAAAAGCAAAACCAAUCAGAACUGCAAGUGGGAUUGCUGUUGUGGCUGUGAUGUGCAAGCCCCACAGAUGUCCCCAUAUUAAUUUUACAGGAAAUAUAUGUGUUUACUGUCCUGGUGGACCUGACUCAGAUUUUGAGUAUUCAACCCAAUCUUAUACUGGAUAUGAGCCAACCUCCAUGCGAGCUAUCCGUGCCAGAUAUGACCCUUUUCUCCAGACAAGGCACCGAAUAGACCAGUUGAAACAAUUGGGUCACAGUGUGGAUAAGGUAGAGUUCAUUGUGAUGGGUGGAACAUUUAUGGCCCUCUCAGAAGAGUACAGAGAUUAUUUUAUCCGAAAUUUGCACGAUGCCUUAUCUGGACAUACUUCCAACAAUGUAUCUGAAGCAGUCAGGUACUCUGAAAGAAGCCUCACAAAAUGUAUUGGAAUCACCAUUGAGACACGACCAGAUUAUUGCCUGAAGAAGCAUUUGAGUGAUAUGUUAUCCUAUGGCUGUACAAGACUGGAGAUUGGAGUGCAGAGUGUUUAUGAAGAUGUAGCCAGAGAUACCAACAGGGGCCACACAGUAAAGGCAGUGUGCGAAUCAUUUCAUCUGGCUAAGGAUGCAGGUUUCAAAGUUGUGGCACAUAUGAUGCCAGAUUUGCCAAAUGUGGGACUAGAAAGAGACAUUGAACAGUUUACUGAAUUUUUUGAGAACCCUGCUUUCCGCCCAGAUGGUAUGAAACUCUACCCUACACUGGUGAUUCGUGGAACUGGUCUUUAUGAGCUUUGGAAAUCAGGAAGAUAUAAGAGUUAUUCUCCUAGUUGCCUUGUAGAAUUAGUAGCUCGAAUAUUGGCUCUUGUACCACCAUGGACACGGGUGUACCGAGUGCAAAGAGAUAUACCAAUGCCUUUAGUCAGCUCAGGAGUGGAACAUGGGAAUUUGAGGGAGCUGGCAUUUGCAAGAAUGAAAGACCUUGGGAUACAGUGCCGUGAUGUGAGAACCAGAGAGGUUGGAAUCCAGGAAAUUCAUCAUAAAGUGAGGCCAUAUCAGGUUGAAUUAGUUAGAAGAGAUUAUGUGGCAAAUGGUGGCUGGGAGACCUUUCUGUCAUAUGAAGACCCUGAACAGGACAUUUUGAUUGGCCUUCUCCGUUUGCGGAAAUGUUCAGAGGAAUCAUUUCGGCCUGAGUUGAAAGGAGGUGUUUCCAUAGUCCGAGAACUACAUGUAUAUGGGAGUGUCGUUCCUGUGAGCAGUCGUGACCCUACAAAAUUUCAGCAUCAGGGAUUUGGCAUGCUACUCAUGGAAGAGGCGGAAAGGAUAGCCAAACAAGAGCAUGGAGCUCGGAAAAUUGCUGUCAUUUCAGGAGUUGGCACCAGGAAUUAUUACAGGAAGAUUGGCUAUGUAUUAGAAGGACCUUACAUGGUAAAGGAGUUGAACUAACAUCCAUCUUUAUCCAGGAUGCCCUAGGGCAAGAAGUGGAGACUUAAUUUAUAAGGAAGAAGUCAUGGGAGGAACAAAGCCAAUGAAACCAACAAGGAAUUUUCCCCUUAUUCUAAACCAACAAUGAAUUUGGUAAUAAAGGUCCAUUUUGUAAA